GUUGACCUCUGACCUCACCAUGAGGGUCUGCAGGAGCUGUGGGGGGGGGGACAUCGACGUGGACCAGGCCCGAGGCAGCGCUGUCUGCACCAGCUGUGGGUCUGUCCUCGAGGACAACAUCAUCGUCUCCGAGGUCCAGUUCGUAGAGGGGUCGGGGGGCGUGUCCUCUGCAGUGGGACAGUUUGUCUCCGCUGACGGUCCAGUGAAGGCGCCGCUGCUUGGUUCUGGUUUUCAUACGAGUGUUGGUAAAGAAUCCAGAGCGCAGACCCUGCAGGCUGGGAAGCGUCAGAUCCAGCAGCUGGGCAGUCAGCUGAAACUGAACCAACACUGCCUGGACACGGCCUUCAACUUCUUCAAGAUGGUGGUGAGUAAGCACCUGACUCGAGGAAGGAAGACGGAGCACGUGAUCGCCGCCUGCCUCUACCUGGUGUGUCGCACUGAGGGGACGCCACACAUGCUGCUGGACCUGAGUGACCUGCUGCAGGUGAACGUUUACAUCCUUGGAAAAACGUUCCUGCUGUUGGCUCGGGAGCUCUGCAUCAACGCUCCCGCCAUCGACCCCUGCCUGUACAUCCCCCGCUUCGCCCACAUGCUGGAGUUCGGGGGCCAGACUCACGAGGUGUCCAUGACGGCUCUGCGCCUGGUGCAGAGGAUGAAGAGGGACUGGAUGCACACCGGGCGCCGGCCCUCUGGACUCUGUGGAGCAGCUCUCCUGGUAGCAGCUCGGAUGCACAAGUUUCGACGAACGGUGAAGGACGUUAUCAGUGUGGUGAAGGUGUGCCAGACAACUCUGAGGAAGAGGUUAACAGAGUUUGAGGACACGCCCACCAGUCAGCUGACCAUCGAUGAGUUCAUGAAGGUAGACCUGGAGCAGGAAUGUGAUCCGCCCUCCUUCACUGCCUCAAAGCACAAAGCCAAGAUGCAGCAGCUGGAACACGAGCUGGCCAGGAAACUAGAUGAGGUCGAAGGAGAGAUCAGCUGCUACAAAGACGAGAUUGAGAGUGAGCUGGAGAAGAGCCGCCCUAAACUGAGAGGAAUCUACGCCGCCUACGCCAAAGAAAUUGACCCGGAAGACGCCGAGUUGUUGUCCCUGACCUCUGAACCCGAGGUGCCGGAGGUCGAGGAGGCAGAGCUCAAUGCCGCCGCCCAACACCUGACACAGACCUUCCUGAACCAGGUGAUCCAUGAGGAGGACAGGCAUGGCAAGAAGGCCGAUGACAGCGAGCAGGGAGCGGGGCCGGAGAACGAGGGGGCGGGGCCUCAGCGCCUGGCCGCCCCUUUGGCCGUCAUUCUGGGUCAGCUGCCGAGCGCCGCCAGCCUCAGCCUCCAGAAGACCUUCCAGACCUUCGGUGAGGAAACAGGCGGGAAACCAGACGAUGAGCAGUCUGAGAGUGGAGAGCUGGACCUGAAGGAUAUCGAUGAUCAGGAGAUUGAUAAGUACAUCCUGAAUGAUCGGGAGGUCGAGGUGAAGACGGAGCUGUGGAUGAAACAGAACGCAGAGUACCUGAAGGAGCAGAAAGAGAAAGAGGAGAGGAUCAGGAAGGAGAAGGAACAGGGGACGUACAAAGAGAAG